AUGUCAACUUCCGACAGAGGACGAACGGUGGUUCGAAGGCGCUCGUCGUUUUUCUCACCUAGUCCUUCUCCUCCGCCAGUGGGCGAGAAGGAUGAAAAGCUCUUCACUACCGAUAAUCGCCAUUUUAGCAUGCUGCGCCAGCUGGAGUAUGCGGACUACAUUACAAUGAUGAAUUGUUUUUGUGGCUUCAACUCAAUAGUGUCCACGUGCCGGUACAUUAUGAGUGGCUACGGCUCCAGCAACUAUGCCUUCCGUGCAAUGUUUUUGACGUUUUUGGGCUUCUUUUUUGACGUGUUUGACGGCCGAGUGGCGCGCUGGAUGAAUAAAUCUUCUCUCAUGGGCAAAGAGCUCGACUCGCUGGCUGACCUUGUUUCGUUUGGCGUGGCCCCAGCAGCAAUUGGCUUCUCUUUAGGACUUCAAACAACUUUGGAUGUUUUUCUUCUUACUUUCUUUGUUCUGUGCGGAUUACUGCGUUUGGCCAGAUUUAACGUCACCGCGGCUAUUCUGUCCAAGGGCCACGACAAAGUCUCCCACUUCGAGGGUCUCCCUAUUCCUUCGUCCCUAGGCACUGUCGCCGUCAUGUCUUUGGCCCUCCGCUGGAACCGUGUGCACAACAAUCUGCCCGGAGGACUGCGGUUCGCAGGCUCGCUAUACGAAUUCCAUCCAUGUGCACUUAUCUUUUUCCUACACGGAUGUUCUAUGAUUUCUAAGAGCCUCAAGAUCCCCAAGUUGUAA